UCAUUAUUUCUAGCGUAUUGCGUUUGCCAAGCCGUGAACUUUUGCAAGUUAUUGCCCUGUUUUACUCGAGUAAUAUUUAACUUACUGACGACCAGCAAUGUCUGGGAAGCUGAACAAAUUCGAGACACCAAGCUCGGCAAGCUCGGAUAGUGACUCAGAGCUAGCACUGGACCUCAACGAGCAAGUGUUCCUAGAUGAGGACGACUACACGCGGGCUCCCGCCUCGCCCACCACCGUGCCCAAUGUGAGGCCUUACCGCCCGCCUUCCACAGGCUCAAACAUAAUGAAGUCGCCGCGCGCGCGCCGCGUGCGCACGACGUCCAUGUCGCAGUCCAACAAGCGCACGACGGCCGAGAGCAUCCUGCACGCGGACCGGCGCACCAUCUACACGGCCGGCCGCCCGCCCUGGUACAACUGCACCGGGGGGCAGGAGGUGGAGCCGUUUGUCAUUGGUAUAUGCGGCGCUAGCGCGUCGGGCAAAACCACAGUAGCAGCCAAAAUCAUAGAAUCUCUCAACAUACCGUGGGUCACUAUUGUCAGUAUGGACUCAUUUUAUAAGGUGCUAAACGAGAAACAGCACCACCUAGCGACGCGCAACGAAUACAACUUCGACCACCCGGACGCGUUCGACAUCGAGCUGCUCAUCGCGGUGCUGCAGCGGCUCAAGGAGGGCAAGAAGGUGGAGGUGCCCAUCUACAACUACGUCACGCACUCCCGGGAGAACCGCACUAAAACGAUGUACGGCGCAAACGUGAUAAUCUUCGAGGGUAUCCUGGCGUUCUACAACACGGACGUGGUGAAGCUGCUGGACAUGAAGGUGUUCGUGGACACGGACGCGGACAUCCGCCUCGCCAGACGGCUGCGGAGAGACAUCGUCCAAAGAGGUCGCGACUUAGAGGGUGUGUUAAAACAGUACAUGACUCACGUGAAGCCGGCGUACCAGAGCUACAUAGCGCCCAGCAUGGCGCACGCCGACAUCAUCGUACCGCGCGGCGGAGAGAACAAAGUCGCCAUCUCGCUCAUCGUGCAGCACGUGCACAAACAGCUGCAGCUGCGCGGUUUCAAAGUGCGUGAAAAGUUGGCGAUCGCGCACAUCGGGCAACCCGUGCCGGACUCGCUGUUUGUGCUGAAGGAUACACCGCAAGUCCAGGGACUCCACACAUUCAUCCGCAACAAGGACACGCCUCGCGACGAGUUCAUCUUCUACUCGAAGCGUCUCAUGCGGCUCGUCAUAGAGUUCGCGCUGUCCCUGCUGCCGUACUCGGAGCACGCUGUGGAUACGCCGCAGGGCUUCUCCUACACAGGUACAUACUCCGAGCGUCUCAUGCGGCUCGUCAUAGAGUUCGCGCUGUCCCUGCUGCCGUACUCGGAGCACGCUGUGGAUACGCCGCAGGGCUUCUCCUACACAGGUCGUAAAUGCGACGUGGAGAAGAUCUGCGGCGUGUCCAUCCUGCGCGCCGGCGAGACCAUGGAGCAGGCGGUGUGCGACGUCUGCAAGGACAUCCGCAUCGGCAAGAUCCUCAUACAGACCAACCAGCAGACCGACGAGCCUGAGUUAUACUACCUGAGGCUGCCCAAAGACAUCAAAGACUACCGCGUGAUCCUCAUGGACGCCACGGUGGCGACGGGCGCGGCCGCCAUCAUGGCCAUCCGCGUGCUGCUCGACCACGACGUGCCCGAGGACAGCAUCAGCCUCGUGUCGCUGCUCAUGGCCGAGAUCGGCGUGCACUCCAUCGCCUACGCCUUCCCCAAGGUGAAAAUCGUAACGUCAGCGCUGGAUCCGGAGAUCAACGAGAAGUUCUACGUGUUGCCCGGCAUCGGCAACUUCGGCGACCGGUACUUCGGCACCGAACCCGCCGACGACGAGUGAGCGAGACGAACGCGCGCCGCCCUCAGAGUGAGCGGGACAGGUAUACUUACAUGUCGUAUACUUAGUGGGGCAUGUAUACUUACGCGUUGUAUACUUAGCGGGACAUGUAUACUUACGUUAUAUUUAAAUAUUGGCAACAGAUGGCGUAUGUUAUUGUGUCCAAAUCUAUUAUUAAAAUGUCCAGUCAUAUUUUCCACUAAUUGGACAUGGAUUAAAUAAAGGUCGUAAAUAAUUUUCACACGUGUCAUAAACAGAACCAUUUUGUCUAUGGCAUGUGAUUUUUCUAACUUCAUUGCUAAUUCUACGCCGUCUGUUGUCAAAAGCACGGUUAAUCAUAUAGUAAGCAAGCAUAAUAAUGCGUCUUCAUAUAAGGUGCACAUUUGGUGCCCUAAUGACGUCAUUUGCAUUUUCUGCACUGAAAAAUGGCGGCUCGUCCAAUGUGCGUUUAAUUUUGUACCUUACAGGCGAAUAUAGACUGAAUUUAAUUGACUGCGCGGUUGCCUGUACUA